UUCGAUACAUGAGAGCUUGCACGUUGCUGAGUCUAAUUCCUGCAUCAAGAUGAAUUUGGAAGCCGAACAUCAUGAAUAUUGUUCUGACCAUUUUUCUCCCGACGAUAUAGUCAUUAGCGGAGUUGCCGGCCGAUUUCCAACAGUCGACAAUGUAGGGCAGCUGAAGGACGCAUUAUUCAAAAAAAUGAACCUCAUCGUACCAUCUAAUGAACGCUAUCCGAAAGGUACUCUCAAGCUUCCUUUUAGUUCUUCGGGCAUUAUAAACGAUGUUGAUAAAUUCGACAAUGAGUUCUUUGGUAUUUCUUCAGAAUGUACGCACCUCAUGGAUCCAUCUCUAAGGAAAACAAUUGAAGUAUGCUACGAAGCCAUUUUUGAUUCAGGAUACGAUCCAUAUGAUUUAAAAGGUUGUAAUAUAGGCGUUUAUCAUGGGAUUGUUAAUCAAGAUGGAAAAGAAAUGUUCAUAUAUACUAGAGCUGGUGGUCUAGAAGUAAACAAUUUAGCUGUUAGUUGUCUUCGUGCAAUGAAUGCGAACCUGUUUUCUUCCAUAAAUGAUUUUCAUGCUCCAGAAGCACAGAAAAAGGAAGUGAUUAGAAAAAAAAAACAACAGAUGGAAACUUUUUCAUCACAUGAAUUGGUGGAUGAUGAAUUUAAUACUGGACUGGACUUACGCUUCUACGAAAGUACAAGACACAGCAAACACAUUAAAAGAAGGAUAUGAGAUUAAUGUUGAUGCAGGAAUGACUUAAGUAGAGCUACCAUUUUGCUGUCAAGAAAGCAAAGGAUAAUUUUUAGCUAAAGAUGAUCCCAUUUCAAGAAUUUUCUAGUUAAUAUAAUGUAAAUUCCUUUCAGGGAGAAACAAAAUAUAAAAGCAAUGUCUGGCAUUUCUGGCAUUGAACUUUUUAACACAACAGAAUAAAUUGAGUAAAACUAU